AACACUGCCGCUAGCACGCGUUCGAUUUCCAGGUGGGGAAAAAAAUAAACAAAUUGCAGUGGUUCAACAAGUGCGGGGAUUUAAGAACAAAUGGGAGUCCGGGGCCUAACCAGUUACAUAGCACAGCGUGCGGAGAUCUACCUGAAGCCCUUCGAGCUCCACUCCACGGCGCUGGUCAUCGACGGGGACAAUCUUUCCUGCAAUUUGUACAAGGAUGUCGCCGGGAGCUACUCCGCUUUUGGGGGGGACUACGACGACUUCUACCGCGCUGUGGUCCAGUUCUUCCAGGUCCUGGCCGAGUGCAACAUCCGGCCAUAUGUCCUCAUGGAUGGCGGCUACGAGGAGCGCAAAUUGCGGACCGUGAGCACCCGGCUGAGGGGCAAAAUCACCGUGAUCAAGAAGAUAAAUCCAAAUGCCUCCAUCACUCUGUUCCCGCUGCACCUAAAAGAGGUCUUUGUGGACGCAGUCCGGGAUUGCGGUGUCCCGGUGAUGCGGUGCGUCUUUGAGGCGGACGACGAACUGGCCGCCCUGGCCAGGAAGCUCAACUGUCCAGUGCUGUCCUACGAUUCGGAUUUCUACAUCCAUAAUGUCAAGUACAUACCGCUGAUCACGCUUACAGUGAAGGUGCUCACCAAACAGGUGAAAGACAAGAACAACCACAAACAGAAGGAUUGUCGGGAUCUGCGACGCAAUGAGGCCAAAAAUGUGGAAAAGCGCACCAAGGCCAACAAAAUAGUGGCUGGAAUACAAACUUUAGAGGAGGUAUCAUCCCCCAAAGGGGGGAACACCAAGACCUACAAGUACCUGGACUGCUGCAUCUACCGAGUAUCCCAUCUUUGUGGACGCAGCACUCUCAGUCCCGAGAAACUGCCACUUUUUGCUGCCCUUCUGGGCAACGAUUAUAUAGCACGCAGUGCUUUCAAAAACUUUUUUGCUGCCGGCAUGGGAAAAGCAGGCAGAAGUCGCAAGCUAAAGAUUCAGCAGAAACGUAUUCAAGUUAUACUUACUUGGCUAAAGGAAGAAACAGCGGAGUCUGCUUUGGCCAAAGUUUUGUCCAGGCUGAAAAAGAACCAGCGUGAAUCUCUGGUGUCGCAGGUCCAUGCAGCCAUCUCUGGUUACUCCAAUGAGCUCUGUCAUGCCUACGAUUUCUUUGAGGAGCACUACGAGAAGGCUUUCCCCUAUGUAGAACCCCCCAGCAGCGAAGAGGAACUAAGCGAUGAAGAGGAUGUAGAGGAAAACUUGUCAGGAGACGAAGAUUUAGCAGGAGAAGAUGAAGAGCAGCAAGAGGAAGCUGAAAAUCAAGACGAGGAGGAGGAGGAGGAACCACCAGAAAACCAAGAGCCAGACUCUGGAGCAGAGGUUGAAGAGGAGGCGGAAGAGGAAACGGAUGAAGUCGAAGUGGAGGACAAAACGCUGCUCUUUCCGCAAUGGUUCCUGGACAAACUCUACCCUGCCCAUCUCUCCCGCUAUUUUGUGGAUCUCAUGCACCUGCGGAAGUACAUCAACAACCCACAGAUCGAGCACUUUCCCUACCACGACUCCAACGAACUGGCCCUGCCCAUUCUGAACUAUGUCUUCGCCCUACUUCACAAUGUGGAGGGUGCCAAAACGGAGCCACAAUUGGAUGAGGAGGGUGCACCGUUACCGAUUGCGUUUACCUACCUCACAAGAGCUCUGCGCGUCACGAAUGUAAGGUACUUCAAGAUGCCCAUCGAAAAGGAGCCAGCCUAUGCGUACGAACCAACUGCACCAGAUGCCAGGCAUUUGAAAGCGGUAUUCGAAGCCAAUGUGCCGCAUGCGAAUACGGAAAAGCUGUUCAAGAAACUGGAUGAACUGCCAGAGGAUCUGAGAUUGUAUUUUCUGGCCAUAGUCUAUUGGCUGCAUCGCUCGGAACAUUGCGAUCUGCUCCAUCUGCACUCGCUAAUCCUGAGUUUAAUCGUCUUACGGACGAUAGACGUUACCAUACCCGCCGAAAGGGAAGUGAAAGCUUUUCGCAAGAGAUUUGGCAAGACUUUGAAGGCAGAACGCGGAGUGAGGGACAAGGAACUGGGUGAGGGGAUCAAACGUGGCAUUAAACCUGCACUCCUUGAGCUCUCCGUACCGGAUCGAAUGGCCCAUGUGCCCAAAUCGGAUUGCUAUUUAACGCAGGAACGUCUGCUGCCGCACUUUCACAUGCAGGAGAUAUUCAAAAAGAAAUUUGAUUUGUACUCAACGACGGUCAUUCACUCGUUUGCCGAAUUUCAGGCUGUGGUCUAUCAACUCAACGGUCUCAAUGCCCUCUUGGAUUUCCCUCUUCUGAGUCCUCGAAUGAAUCAACUUUAUUGCGGCGCUUUUCUCUACAACAUCUAUGAUCUUCUGAGGAAUCGCGGCGAUGUCCGCUACCACAUAGAAAACUUUCUACUGCCCGACUCAAAAAUGAUGUUCGAUUUCUAUUGCUUUUUGUACGAUUGGUGUGCCGAAUUUGUGCCACAUUGGAAGCAAGUGGAGGUGGAUCAGACGGCGGUGAAGGCGCAAAAGAAGCGAUUGAAGAAGCAACGUCAGGCGGCGAGAAAAACGGAAGCAAAGGAGGCCAAUGCGGAUCCCAAUGCGGAUAUGCUGGUCAAGGAUGCAGAUCCCGAUGAUGACUUCUUCGAUUUGAACAACAAAUUCUGCGCACUUAAAGUGGGGUAGCAAUCUAAGUAUAUUAAGUGCAAUCUUAUUAUUGUUAUUCAGUUACAGAACUCUAACUUUAUUACCUUAAUAAAAACGAGUUUUGUCAACAAA